UGAACGGCACAUUACAGAAACAGGCAGCGCUGCAUAUGACAGUGAAUAUUGCUUUUAACCUUGCUUGCUGGAUAAUCAAUAGUCUCCGAUAAGAUAAAGAAAAGCGUUUACAAAAUAUAAAAGCUAUAUGUCAUGGAUCGGUUUUGUUUAAAUAGCUGCUUUCAUUUAGUCCAACUUUUGUGCUGAUUUUGUAACAGCACGCGUUUCGUAAGUAAGCACAUGAUAAGAGGCUAUAAUGUUUAAUUUAUCCUGUCAAAUUUCCGCGUAUAAAGCUGCUGUCAGAUACACACAUUUAGCAAAAGAGGAAAUAUUUCUAAGACAACCGUUGUAUGGGACUUGGAGAAGGUUUUUCAACGCAGAACAUACUUGUCUUGAAUCAACGGCACUUCCUAUAGUUCAUCAUGGCAAGUACAUAUGUGACCUUCCUGAAAACCACAGGUUCCCUAUGGGAAAGUUCCCCAAAGUCCUGGAGUGUCUCCUUGGAGAUCAAGUGAUAACAGAUAAACAGGUGUGGGCCCCCAAAAUUGCCUCUAAAAAGCUUCUUGAAUGCGUGCACACUGAGGAGUACCUCACCAACUUUAUUAGUGGAAACAUCAGUGAGAAAGACCAGAGAAGAACUGGAUUUCCAUGGAGUGCUGGUUUAGUACAACGCUGCAGAUAUGAAACGGGUGGCACAGUGCUGGCAGGUGAGAUAGCCCUUCAAAGGGGACUGGCAUGUAGUACCGCUGGAGGGACACAUCAUGCUUUCCCCAGCUUCGGCUCAGGCUUCUGCCUGCUCAAUGACCUGGCUGUGGCCACCAAACACUUGUUGGGUCAGUCCACAACCAGGAGGAAGAUUCUCAUUGUGGAUCUGGAUGUACAUCAGGGUGAUGGCACAGCCUUCAUUUUUAAGGAGGAUCCAGAUGUUUUUACCUUCUCAGUGCACUGUGGGAAAAACUUUCCUGUGCGAAAGCAGCAGAGUGACCUCGAUGUAAGUGUGGAAGAUGGCACUGAAGACAAAGAGUAUCUUUCCAAAGUCCAGGAACAUCUUCCUUGGGUACUGGAGACAUUUCACUCUGAUCUGGUGCUGUAUGAUUCUGGAGUGGAUCCACACUGGGAUGACGAACUUGGAAGACUUAACCUCACAGACGAAGGACUUUACCAGAGGGACCUUUAUGUACUUCAGACAGUCAUUAAAAGGGGCAUUCCUGUCGCCACUGUUAUUGGAGGAGGCUAUUCCAGAAAUAUUGAUCGAUUGGCUCGCAGACACUCAAUAAUUCACAGGGCUGCAUCUAAGGUUUGGAGAGAACAUGGACUGUAACACCAAUAUGGAAAUGGACAGCAGGUACCAAACAAACAAACUAAGACCGUUGAAUGCAGAGAUGGAACAUUAAUCAUAUUUCUGCAAAUACAGUAAUGACUUUUGCUAUGAUAUGCAAUACGUUAUUAAUACAAUUUUAUAUUUAUUCAUGUCAUAAUUAUAUUAGUCCUUUUUUAUGUUUUUUUCUUGAUUUAUACAUUUUUGGGGUUUGCAAAUUGUAAACAAUUACUAGUCAAUAUCAAUAGUAAAAAAAUUUGUCUCAAAAAAUAUGUAUUACACUGACGGCCAAAUGUUUGGAAUAACAUACAGAUUUUGAUCUUAUGGAAAUAAAUUGGUACUUUUUAUUAACAAAAGUGGCAUUCAAUUGAUUAUAAUGCACAGUCAGGACAUUGAUAACAUGAACAAUUAAAUGGGGACUGUCUAGAUUUGAUCAAAAAUGACUUUUCAAAUAGUGAUGGUGCUGUUUUUUACAUCAGUAAUGUCCUGACUACACUUUGUGGUCGGUUGAAUGCCAUUUUAGUGAAUUAAAGUACCAAUUUCCUUCCAAAACUGCAAAAUCUGUACAUUAUUCUGUGUGUGUGUGUGUGUGUGUGUGUAUAUAUGUAUAUAUAUACUAAUCUAUACUAAGCUAAUGUUACUGUAUGCAAUAGAUUUUGUUAAUAAAAUUCAAUAUUUAUGAUGCUAGAGAAUAAUUUAUUUCAGCUUUUAUUUCUUUCAUCACAUUCCCAGUGGGUCAGAAGUUUACAUUCACUUUGUUAGUAUUUGGUAGCAUUGUCUUUAAAUUGGUUAACUUGAGUCAAACAUUUUGGGUUCCACAAGAUUCUCACAAUAAGUUGCUGUAAUUUUGGCCCAUUCCUCCAGAGAGAACUGGUGUAACUGAGUCAGGUUUGUAUGCCUCCUUGCUUGCACAAGCUUUUUCAGUUCUGCCCACAAAUUUUUUAUCGGAUUGAGGUCAGGGCUUCAUGAUGGCCACCCCAAUACCUUGACUUUGUUGUCCUUAAGACAUUUUGCCACGACUUUAGAGGUAUACUUGGGGUCAAUGUCUAUUUGGAAGACCCAUUUGCAACCAGGCUUUAACUUCCUUGCUAAUGUCCUGAGAUGUUGCUUCAAUAUAUCUAAAUAAUUUUAGUUCCUUGUGAUGCCAUCUAUUUUGUGAAGUGCACCAGUCCCUCCUGCAGCAAAGCACCCCCACAACAUGAUCCUGCCACCCCCAUUCUUAACGGUUGGGAUGGUGUUCUUCAGCUUGCAAGCCUCACCCUUUUUUCUCCUACCAUAAUAUAAUAUGAUCAUUAUGGCCAAACAGUUCAAUAUUUGUUUCAUUAGACCAGAGGCCAUUUAUCCAGAAAGUAAGAUCUUUGUCCCUAUGUGAACUUGCAAACUGUAGUCUGGCUUUUUUUUAUGGUGGUUUUGGAGCAGUGGCUUCUUCCUUGCUUAGCAGAGUUUCAGGUUAAUUCGAUAUAGGACUUGUUUUACUGUGGAUAUAUAUACUUGUCUACAUGUUUCCUCCAGCAUCUUCACUAGGUCCUUUGCUGUUGUUCUGGGAUUUAUUUGCACUUUUCGCACCAAAUUAUGUUUAUGUCUAGGAGACCUAUUGCGUCUCCUCAUUGAGCGGUGUGCUAGCUCUAUGGUCUCAUGGUGUUUAUACUUGCAUACUGUUGUUUGUACAGAUGAAUAUGGUACCUUAAGGUGUUUGGAAAUUGCUCCCAAGGAUGAACCAGAAUUGUGGAGGUCCACAAUAGUUUUUUUUCUGAGGUCUUCGCUGAUUUCUUUUGAUUUUAUAUUUACAUUUAUGCAUUUGGCAGACACUUUUAUCCAAAGCAACUUACAGAGCCCUUAUUACAGGGACAAUCCCCCUGGAGCAACCUGGAGUUAAGUGCCUUGCUCAAGGACACAAUGGUGGUGGCUGUGGGGAUCAAACCGACAACCUUCUGCUUAACAGUUUAGUGCUUUAGACCACUACACCACCACCUUUCCCAUGAUGUCAAGCAAAGAGGCACUGAAUUUGAAGGUGGGCCUUAAAAUACAUCCACAGGUAUACCUCCAAUUCAGUGCACCUCCAAUCAGAAGCUAAUUGUCUAAAGGCUUGACCUCAUUUUCUGGAAUUAUCCAAGCUACCUAAAGGCACAGUUAACUUAGUGUAUGUAAACUUCUGACCCACUGGAAUUGUGAUCUAGUCAAUUAAAAGUGAAACAAUCUGUCUGUAAACAAUUGUUGGAAAAAUUACUCGUGUCACGCACAAAGUAGAUGUCCUAAAUGACUUGCCACAACUAGAUUUUGUUAAUAUUAAAUCUGUGGAGUGGUUACAUUUUUUUUGUUUUAAUGACUUCAACCUAAGUGUAUAUAAACCUCUUGAUUUCAACUGUACUAGUCCAUAUAAAUAUUAUAGGGGCGGCUGUGGCUCAGGUGGUAGUCCAAUAAUUACAGGGUUGGCUGUUUGAUUCUGGGCCCACACAACAAAGCUCAGUGAAUGGGACACAGUGUAAAGCGCUAUUGUAACCUCUAAUGUUAAAAAAGGUGCU